AUGUCGGGCCAAAAAAUCAGAUCUGCAGAUGGUCUGCUACAGGUCAUUCCCCCUCCAGGACACCCUGCGACGCUGCCAAAGGAAGGGGAGAACAAUGUUUUGAUUACGUCCGCGCUACCAUACUGCAACAACGUUCCUCAUUUGGGAAAUAUUAUUGGGAGUACUCUCAGUGCUGAUGUUUUUAGCACUAGAAAUAGAACAACGCUAUACAUCUGUGGGACUGACGAGUACGGAACCGCUACGGAAACUCAAGCUUUGAAGGAGCAUAUAACCCCGCGAGAGCUAUGUGACAAAUACCAUCUUCUCCACAAAGAAACCUACGAGUGGUUUGACAUUGGAUUCGACUAUUUCGGACGCACUUCGACUCCAUGGCAUACGGAAAUAUGUCAAGGAAUAUACCGGAAUUUAGGAGCAAAUGGUUUCUUGGAGAAACAGGAUAAAGAGCAGAUUUAUUGUGAGGGUUGUCCCAAGUUUUUGGCAGAUCGGUUUGUAGAAGGCAUCUGCCCGCAUUGUGGCUAUGAGGAUGCUCGUGGUGAUCAGUGCGACCUUUGCAGCCGGACGCUGGACGCGAUUGAAUUAAUUAAGCCUCGAUGCUUGGUCAACAAAGAUCAUCGUGUAACAACGCGAGUCUCGACCCAUAAUUACCUUAAAUUGGACCAGAUACAACCUCGGACGGAGGAGUGGAUCAAAAAAUCUUGGAAAGAAGGGAAAUGGUCUUCCAACUCAGUUAUCAAUGGAGACGGCGAGCUAGUCGACGCGCGGGUCAAGGCUGGAUUGCUUCCCACGCCUGUCACACGAGAUCUGAAAUGGGGUGUGCCUGUUCCAAUUGACUCGGCGGAAGAUGAAUCCAUGAGGGGGAAAUUCGACGCCCCUAUUGGUUACCCAAGUAUCAGCGCCAACUACACACCAGAGUGGGAAAAAUGGUGGUUCAACCCUGAGAAUGUCCGUUUGUAUCAAUUCAUGGGUAAAGAUAAUGUGUACUUCCACACAGUCUACUUCCCUUCUGUUCAACUUGCUGAUGGGAGGAAUUGGACGACCCUGCACCACUUAUCAACGACUGAGUAUCUGAACUAUGAAGGCGGAAAGUUCUCUAAAAGCCGUAAUCGUGGUGUCUUUGGGCCAGCUGCAAAGGAGACAGGCAUACCAUCGUCGGUCUGGAGGUAUUACCUUCUAUCUACAAGACCAGAGACAGCCGAUUCUAUGUUCUCAUGGUCGGACUGUAUUGCUGCAAACAACAAUGUUUUGUUAAACAAUUUUGGCAACUUUGUCAAUCGAGUUCUCAAAUUCGUGUCAUCGCAAUACAACAGUGUCAUUCCUGAAAGUGGGGACGAGCCAGGCCCACUUUCAGUUAACGAUGAACACGAUGCAGACUUCAUCUCAGACGUGAACGGCUUACUCAAGGAUUACAUUGACGCCAUGGAAUCCGUGAAGCUUCGUUUAGGUCUCCAAACCAUCAUGCUCAUCUCCAUCCGCGGCAAUAGCUAUCUGCAAUCCUCGGGCCUUGGUAAGGCUCUAAUGACUUCAGAUCCCAUCCGAUGCGCAAAAGUCCUGUCCCGUGCCGUCAACCUUAUCUACGUCCUAUCCACUUUGGUGUAUCCCUACAUGCCUGCAACGGCUGCCGCCAUUCUCGAACAGCUCAACGCCCCGGCGAGAUCCGUUCCAGAUGCACUUUCAACCGAUAUCCUUGCUGGUCAUAUCAUUGGUAAGACCGAGCAUCUGUUCAAAAAGAUUGACGAGGGUAUGGCUGAAAAAUUCCGGGCCCGGUUCGGGGGUCUGGAGAGCGCCACUGAAAUGGAGGCGUCAAAGCCUGCAGGUAAAAGGGGGAAGAGUAAGGUCCCGCUGGCACCCGCAGCGGACAUACCAAAGACGCCAGAAAUAUUGGUUCUAGAGGUGAAGAUAAGAGAGCAGGGAGAUGUCGUUCGUGCUCUAAAGAGUCAAACUCCCAAGACGAAGGAGCUGGAUGCGGAGAUUAAGGCCGAAGUAGAUGUGUUGAAGAAGUUGAAAGGAGACUUGGCAAAGUUGCAACAUCCUUGA